AUGCGCUCGCUUGACGUCAUGGACACAACGGCCAGCAUCAUGUGCGAUUCGGCCGAGGCCGCAUGCGCACCGUACAAAGGCAUGAAGCGAAGCAGAACACGUGUGUCUUACCAGACUCACGGUCUUGACCAGGGAUGGUGCCUGAGUGCACGCUGGACACGUCCUUUUGAAGCGCGCGUCCAUCAUCGUCGCGGUUGGCACUGUCGAGACGAUCGAUUCGCCAGCAUGUCACAGACUGUAGACCCAACGGCAUUCCUCGUACAGCGUCUGUCGGACAAAGCACGCCUACCGACACGUGGAUCAGCGCUCGCGGCUGGCUACGAUCUCUACAGUGCGGAGAGUAAGACCAUCCCAGCCAGGGGUAAAGCGCUCAUCAACACCGAACUAUCGAUCGCUGUCCCAGAAGGCACAUAUGGGCGCGUAGCACCUCGUAGCGGCCUCGCUUCAAAGCACAUGAUAGACACGGGCGCAGGCGUCAUCGACGCAGACUAUCGUGGCAAGGUCCAUGUACUCCUCUUCAACCUGAGCGAGACCGACUUUCAAGUGGCCGAAGGCGAUCGCGUUGCGCAACUGAUUCUCGAGCGCAUCGUAACGCCAGCGGUACUUGAAGUCGAGAGUCUGUCAGAGACGGUACGAGGCGCGGGCGGCUUCGGCAGCACCGGCGGCUUUGCAACUACGCUACCCAAGGACACCAAAGCAAGCGCGUCUCACGCAUAG